AUGCGUGCUGAAGCUGGGGUUGACGAGUGGGCGCCGUUCAAGGAUGAGGAAGAGUGGGAGUUGUUCCGGUGGCUGAUCAAGCACGUUGGUCAGACCAAAAUUGACGAGUUCCUUAAACUGUCGAUUAUACGAAGGAACUGUGGCUUGUCGGCCGACAGCAAGUACAAGUUCUUUCAGCAGAUUGACGACCUACCUACUGGAGUCCCGUGGCACUGCGACAUGAUUUCUGUUCAAGGUGAUCGUAUGGGCGAUGAUGGGAAGUUCAUGCAGGAACAGCUCGAGCUGUGGCGGCGCGAACCUAUUGAAUGCGUAGAGGAGCUGAUUGGGAACCCUAUAUUCGACGGAAGUAUUGCCUAUGGACCAGAGAGAGUUUAUACAGAGGAGGCGGCUACCAUACGGCGGUACGACGAGAUGUGGACAGCCGAUUGGUGGUGGAAUAUGCAGGGGAAGUUGCCAGAGGGUGCAACAAUCGCACCUGUAAUCCUCGCGUCUGAUGCCACGAAGCUCACCAACUUCGGCGGCGAUAAGAAGGCAUGGCCUGUGUAUCUAUCCAUUGGGAACAUCUCAAAAUCGGUACGGCGUCAGCCUUCGCAGCGCGCAACGAUCCUUGUUGGCUACAUACCUGUCUCGAAGCUCGAGUGCUUCCAUGAUUCGACUCGCAGCCUUGCCGGCUAUCGCCUCUUCCACCAUUGCAUGUCGCUCAUCCUCAAGUCCCUUCGCGAACCGGGCCUCAACGGGAAGGAGAUGACUUGCGCAGACCGCGGUGUCCGGAAGGUCCAUCCGAUUGUUGCGGCAUAUGUCGCUGAUUAUCCCGAACAAUGCCUCGUUUGCUGCUGCAAGGAGAACAGUUGCCCGCGCUGCACCGCGCCGCCCCUCCAGCGCGGCGAGCAGCUUCACUGUGAUCCGCGCGAUGUUGAAAGCACCAAAGAUGCGUUGCGCGAGCACCAGAACGGAAACGACUCACCACGCUUCACUUCCGAACAAUUGCGGCCCGUCUACGAGCCCUUCUGGGCGGACCUUCCCCACUGCGACAUCUUCUCGUCUAUCAUGCCGGACAUCCUGCAUCAGCUCCAUAAGGGAGUAUUCAAGGAUCACUUACUGUCGUGGUGUACAUUGAUCGUGGGCACGGACGAAAUGGACCGCCGCUUCCGCGCGAUGACCAACUUCCCAGGCCUUCGACACUUCCGCAACGGCAUCUCGCACGUAUCGCAGUGGACGGGCAAAGAGCACAAGGAAAUGCAGCGUAUUUUUGUAGCGCUCUUAGCCGGUGCUGUGCCUACGGAGGUCCUGGAGGUGGCGCGCGCACUCGUGGACUUUAUCUACUACGCGCAACUUCAGUCUCAUGAUGACACAACACUCACUCACCUGCAGUCGGCUCUCGACACGUUCCAUCGCCAUAAGGACGUUUUCAUCAGGCUCGGGAUUCGGGAGCAUUUCAAUAUUCCGAAGAUACACGCCCUCCUUCACUACGUCGAGGCGAUCCGCUCUCGUGGUUCUUGCGAUGGCUACAAUACCGAACUCCCUGAGCGCUUGCAUAUUGAGCUAGCGAAGAAUGCUUACCGCGCAAGCAACCAUCGUGACUAUAUGGAGCAGAUGGUGACGUGGCUCGCACGCCAGGAAGCGGUGGACUUGCAUGCUACUUACAUCGCUUGGUUCCAAGGUCUUCGUGCGGAAGAAACGGCGGAGGAGUUGGAGGAACCAGACUUAGAGCCUGACGAAGAAGAACCUGACGAAGACGUUGCCCCUCCACUGCUCCCGGAUGGUGACGAAGUAGAAAGCGGAAACACGUACUCAAUUGCAAAGCACUGCCCUCUUCCCAAUCUAUCCCUACGCUGCCUGCUCACUGACCACGGCGCAACCGAGUUCCUACCCGCCUUGACCGAAUUUGUCCGCACCGAGCUACCCCGUUGCGAACUACGCCCGAACCACAUGGACCGCUACGACGUUUACAAGAAUAUAUGGGUCAGUUAUCCAGGGGAUCCUCACGGCGACGUACCAGAGCAUACCGACCGCAUCCGGGCAGUUGCCGCCAAAGCAGGGAGAGGGCGAAAGCAGGCUACGGCUGCGUACUUUGAUACCGCGUUCAUCGUCGACCCGGAUGUUCCUUUCGAUGGAGUUGAAGUGAACACUUACCUGAUUCGGCAAGACCAUCCAGGAACAAGGAUAGCGCGUGUGCGCGUCAUCUUCAAUCUUCCAGCACAAUUUGGAUCGCGGCCUCACCCCCUCGCAUAUGUCGAAUGGUACACACCGUUGCGGCGCAAGGAUCCGGGCACCGGUCUCUACCUGGUCUCCCGCUCAACACGUAACGGCAAGGCAAACGCUAGCAUCGUCAGUGUUGACCAGAUCCGCCGCGCCGCGCAUUUAGUCCCGAAAUAUGGCAGAGAGAUAAGCAGAGAACUCACCAAAGAUAGUUCACUCGACGUCGCAACAGAAUUCCGGGUGAAUUCGUACAUUUCAGUUGACCUUAGAUCCGUGACAGUUUGA